GCGCCAUGAGAAGCAGCGAGUUAAAGGCCUCCUGAGCGACGCCCUCGUCCCUCCCUUCCCCACCGGCUGGACCGGGCUCCCCACCAGUGCCGCCGCCGCCGCCACCAUGUCGGACACCCGGCGGCGGGUGAAGGUCUACACGCUCAACGAAGAGCGGCAAUGGGACGACCGGGGCACCGGGCACGUUUCGUCCACCUACGUGGAGCGGCACAAAGGGAUGUCGCUGCUCGUCCGGGCCGAGUCGGAUGGCUCGUUGUUGUUGGAAUCGAAGAUAAAUCCAAACACUGCAUAUCAAAAACAGCAGGAUACUUUGAUUGUUUGGUCUGAAGCAGAGAAUUAUGAUCUAGCCCUGAGUUUUCAAGAAAAAGCUGGCUGUGAUGAGAUCUGGGAAAAAAUUUGCCAGGUACAAGGUAAAGACCCUUCAGUGGAAGUCACACAGGACCUCAUUGAUGAAUCUGAAGAAGAACGAUUUGAGGAAAUGCCUGAAACAAGUCACUUAAUUGAUCUCCCUACUUGUGAACUCAACAAACUUGAAGAGAUUGCAGACCUUGUUACCUCAGUUCUUUCAUCACCCAUUCGUAGAGAAAAAUUAGCCUUGGCUUUGGAAAACGAAGGCUACAUUAAAAAAUUGCUGCAGCUGUUCCAGCUUUGUGAGAACCUAGAAAAUACUGAAGGCUUACAUCAUUUGUAUGAAAUUAUUCGAGGAAUUUUAUUCCUCAAUAAAGCAACUCUUUUUGAGGUUAUGUUUUCAGAUGAGUGCAUUAUGGAUGUUGUGGGAUGCCUCGAGUAUGACCCUGCAUUAGCUCAGCCGAAAAGGCAUAGGGAAUUCUUGACCAAAACAGCAAAGUUUAAAGAGGUCAUACCUAUAACAGACUCUGAACUUAGGCAAAAGAUUCAUCAGACUUACAGGGUACAGUAUAUUCAGGACAUCAUCUUGCCAACCCCAUCUGUUUUUGAAGAGAAUUUUCUUUCUACGCUCACUUCUUUCAUUUUCUUUAACAAAGUCGAGAUUGUCAGUAUGCUGCAGGAAGAUGAAAAGUUUUUGUCUGAAGUUUUUGCACAACUAACAGAUGAAGCUACUGAUGAUGACAAAAGGCGUGAACUGGUUAACUUCUUCAAGGAGUUCUGUGCAUUUUCUCAGACAUUGCAGCCUCAGAACAGAGAUACUUUUUUCAAAACUUUGGCAAAAUUAGGAAUUCUUCCUGCUCUUGAAAUAGUAAUGGGUAUGGAUGAUUUGCAAGUUAGAUCAGCUGCUACAGAUAUAUUUUCUUAUCUGGUAGAAUUCAGUCCAUCCAUGGUCCGGGAAUUUGUUAUGCAAGAAGCCCAGCAGAGUGAUGAUGAUAUCCUCCUCAUAAACGUAGUUAUUGAGCAAAUGAUAUGCGACACUGACCCCGAGCUUGGGGGUGCUGUUCAGUUAAUGGGACUCUUGCGUACUCUAAUUGAUCCUGAGAACAUGUUGGCCACAGCUAAUGUAAGAAAAUGGAAAGGGAAAACUGAGAAAAGUGAAUUUCUCAAUUUUUUCUACAACCAUUGUAUGCAUGUCCUUACUGCUCCGCUUCUGGCAAAUACAUCAGAGGACAAAAAUGACAAAGAUGCGGUAAUUGGAAGCAACAAAACUAAUACGAUUUGCCCAGAUAACUAUCAAACAGCACAGCUGCUUGCCUUAAUUUUGGAGCUGCUCACUUUUUGUGUGGAACACCACACAUACCACAUCAAGAAUUAUAUUAUGAACAAGGAUUUGCUGAGAAGGGUUCUGGUCUUGAUGAAUUCCAAGCACACCUUUUUGGCCCUAUGUGCUCUUCGUUUCAUGAGGAGGAUAAUUGGCCUGAAAGAUGAAUUUUAUAACCGUUACAUCACCAAAGGAAACCUCUUUGAGCCAGUCAUAAAUGCUCUUCUGGAUAAUGGAACUAGGUACAAUCUCCUGAAUUCAGCAGUGAUUGAACUUUUUGAAUUCAUUCGAGUGGAAGAUAUCAAAUCUCUUACUGCACAUAUAGUUGAAAAUUUUUAUAAGGCGCUUGAAUCCAUUGAGUAUGUUCAGACAUUCAAAGGAUUGAAGACGAAAUAUGAACAGGAGAAAGACAGACAAAGCCAGAAGCUGAACAGUGUCCCAUCUAUACUGCGUAGCAACAGGUUUCGCAGAGAUGCCAAAACCUUGGAGGAUGAUGAGGAAAUGUGGUUCAAUGAAGAUGAGGAAGAGGAGGGGCAAGCCAUAGAGAAAUCCAAAUCAGAGGAUGAUUUUCCAGAAAGUUACGAGAAAUUCAUGGAAACAAAAAAAGCAAAAGAGAGUGAAGACAAAGAAAACCUCCCCAAAAGGACUUCAGCAGGUGGCUUCAAAUUCACUUUUUCCCAUUCUGCCAGUGCAACUAAUGGCGCCAAUAGCACCAACAGUAAAUCGGUGGCAGCUCAGACUUCACCAGCAACUUCAAAUGGUUCCUCUUCCAAGAAUGCCAAUUUGACUGCCGCAGUCACAGCCGCAAAGGGAAGUUUAGUUGGCCUUGUGGAUUAUCCAGAUGAUGAGGAAGAAGAUGAAGAAGAGGAAACCUCUCCAAGAAAAAGACCUCGUCUUGGCUCUUAAAAUUUUGAAACAAACUCCAAUUGAGGGUGCUUAAAUGCUGGGACUGAACUAGUCUGACUCGGAAAGCUUUCUUCCUGGAAAAUACAUGAGAAUACAAGGAGUAGCAAAAGAAACUCAGCUAGAAGGAUUUAGUUCUGCGAACACCCACUUCCAAAGAACGUCAUUUCUUUCUAGUCAAAGAGUCUGCCGUUGAGGCUGUUAAAUAUUCAACGGGAAUGGUGGGUUAGCGAUCAGCACCCGGACGACAGCUUGCUGGCAGAUGGAUCAUUUCCGGUUCUGUGAGGGGAUGGGACGGGACAGGUGACAAGUUGUGUUAUUGCAGAGUUCCCCCCAGUCUGUAUCCAAGCUAGAAGGAAAUUGUAAGGCUUCAUUUGCAAAUUUAGUCACAUAACUUUGUAAUGGUGCUGUCCAUUGUGAGGUUUUUUUAGCAAUUGCCUCUUUUAAAUGAUUAUUUCUAGUUUCAUUUUUUUUUAAAAAAAUCUGACUUUGGGGGACCAUUAUUUGCACAAUGAGCCAACUUAUAGAGGGUAGCACCUUGAUAUAUAGUGCAUGUUCAGUGGUAAAUUGGUUCCCCCCCCCAAAAAAAAUCCAUAGUUUGGAAGGAAAAGAGAAGCCGGGUUUAAAAUGUAAGAUGACUUGAAACAGCUGUUUAAGGAAACUGGUAUCAUAUCAAGGGUCAUAAGUUUUGAGUGGAUGGAGAAAUCAGGAAACCCUAGUACUCGAAAUGUCAUUUGAGUUGGAACUGCUAAUGGCAUUUUAAGGAAGCCAACCUGGAGUUGCUCCUGCUAGCUUCAAAAAGUACUCUCAAGCCAUCUGCAUUUCACAUUUGCAGGAGUAAGAGCUAUAGUAGAGUGAAAUGAUGUGUGAAGGUUUUGAACCCUACUAUAAAUUGAGGAGUAUAAUCAUUUUCUUUCUUUUUAUCUGUAGUAAUUUGGAGUCAGAUCAGCAUGCAGCACAUUGAACCUAGAGGGUUUAAUGCUAAGGCUGCUUCUUAACACAUUCCAUGUAUUUAAGCAAAUUUCAAAAAAAAAUACCUUGGAUAAAUUGAUGGAGGCAACCAUUUCAAGACCUUUUUUAUUUUCAGAGCAAGUGAACUGUAAAUAUUUUAAUGUUAGUUUGGCCAUAUAUGAUCUGAGAUCAUGUAGAAGAAAGAGUUCCCCAAACUACAAAUUGUGUUAAGAGUGAUAUGAACAAUGAAACCAGCAGCAAUCCAUUAUGAUAGAUCACUCUUGCAAUGUGUUAUGGGUCCAUUUCUCCUGACAGUUACUGACAGUUUUUCCCUGUUUUGGAGAUUUUGUAGUUACUUUUGAUUUUAGCUAUUGUUUGCAAAAGAUGGGCUGUCUGUGUAGAUAUAUGAAGUAUAGUUUUUCCAUGAAACAGAAGUUUAUUUUGUACUGAGAAGAAAAAAAACCACUGUACUUGUUUUACACCAUUUGUAUACAUGUGGUAAUAUUAAUGCUGAACUGUAAAAUUCAGGAAUUAAAAUGUGACCCUGUAAUUCCAUAAUUAUUGGUUUUGUUUGGUUUGUUGUAAAUGGUAAGUUAAUUCUGAUUUUGAAAUGUGGCCAUUUUAGAGGAUUUUAAUGAGAUAGUUAUUUGUACAAUUUAAUCAUUAUGUGCAACUGAAUCAGAUCUUGCAGACAAAGCAAAGGAGGUCCUGGGUUUGAUUCAGUAUGCUGUGAUGACUGACAGUUUGUGGCCCGAAGAACAUCUCUCUGCCUAGUGAGGGCUCCAGGCAACCAAAAAUGGGGUUUGCUUCUCAUUUCAACUAACCUUCUUGGUGAAAAAGUACAUGGAGGAGCAAUUUGGCAGGUUCAGCUGACUUGCUGGUGUAGGCUGACCCUCUUAUGUUCGGUUUGUAGACUCCUGGCAAGUGUUCUCUCCAGUCACACACAGGUAACAAUUUCCCCUAAAGCGCUACUAUUUCCCCAAGGAAACAGAGUAGUUUCCAACUUAUCUGGCCCAUUCCCAAGCUUUUCAAGAAUUCGCUGAAUUCCUUUUUCACAGGAUGUUAUAGGAGCUAUAAAAUACCUGCCAAUCCUCUCACUAAUCACUUCUGUCACACAUAUAAACAAGUUUUAUUUUAACAAUCCAAAGCAGAUAAGAGGUGACGUGUCAGCCAGUAUCUGAACACUUAACAAAGCUGUGAAAGAUGUAUUUGAGCAAUUCCCUUUCAAGUUACAUACACUGUCUCAGGUGUAUUGGUCCUCACUUCUGCCAAUGUCAUUUCCAUUUGUAUGAGGGUUGCUUUUACCACAGGACAGCCCCCAUUGUGAAUGCCUGGAGCCCUUCACUUUUUUUAAAGAAAAUUAUUACAUCUGCCAACAUGUCUCAGUUAAAUACUAUUUUAAUAAAAAGUUACAUUAAAUCUG